AGAAAGCUAAGCCUCUAAAAUCAGAUUCCCCGCCUUUACAAUAUAAAAGUUAAGCUCGUGAGAGAAUUGAAGCUCAAAAAAAAAAACUUUCAGACAAGAGCCCAAGAGAUUAUUCAAACUCAUAUAUGGCAGUGAUAGAAGAAAAAGGCCCUUCAAGUGGGAACGAGGAUUACACUCAAGAUGGCACAGUGGACCUAAAGGGUAGACCCGUUUUGAGAUCAAAGACGGGAAAAUGGAAAGCUUGUUCCUUCAUAGUAGGGUAUGAAGUGUUUGAGAGGAUGGCCUUCUACGGGAUACAAUCAAACCUAGUGAUAUAUCUAACUAAUAAGCUCCAUGAGGGCACUGUGACAGCUUCAAACAACGUUAGCAACUGGGUGGGUGCAGUGUGGAUGAUGCCACUGGCAGGAGCUUACAUAGCCGAUGCCCAUCUUGGCCGAUAUAAGACCUUUGUAAUUGCGUCAUGCAUCUAUAUUCUGGGAAUGUGUCUGUUGACUCUAGCAGUUUCACUACCAGCUCUGAGGCCAUCACCAUGUGACCAAGGCCAGAAUUGCCCACGGGCAUCGUCAUUGCAGUAUGGUAUUUUCUUCUUGGCCCUUUACAUCGUUGCAAUAGGCACAGGGGGAACCAAGCCCAACAUUUCUACCAUGGGAGCUGACCAAUUUGAUGAGUUUGAGCCCAAAGAGAGAUCCCACAAGCUUUCCUUCUUCAAUUGGUGGUUCUUUAGUAUUUUCUUUGGUACCCUUUUCUCCAACACUUUCUUGGUAUACUUACAAGACAAUAAGGGUUGGGCCAUUGGGUAUGGCCUUCCCACCCUUGGGCUUGUUAUUUCAGUAGUGGUGUUUCUGGUAGGAACUCCAUUUUAUAGACACAAAUUGCCAUCAGGUAGCCCAGUAACAAGGAUGCUUCAGGUAUAUGUUGCUGCUGGGAGCAACUGGAAGCUGCAUGUCCCAGACGAUCCGAAAGAGCUACAUGAGCUGAGCAUUGAAGAGUAUGCAAGUAAUGGGAGAAACAGAAUUGAUCGGAGCUCCUCAUUGAGUUUCCUUGACAAAGCAGCUAUAAAGACUGGCCAAACAUCACCAUGGAUGCUUUGCACAGUGACCCAAGUAGAGGAAACCAAGCAAAUGACAAAACUGAUUCCUCUCUUGCUUACAACGAUUAUUCCAAGCACCUUGGUAGUUCAAGCGAGCACACUCUUUGUCAAACAAGGCACCACACUAGACAGGAGUAUGGGACCCCAUUUCCAAAUCCCCCCGGCAUGUCUCAACGCAUUUGUUACCAUCUCCAUGCUGAUAACCAUCGUUGUCUACGACCGAGCUUUCGUUCCCGCUAUCCGGCGCUACACGAAGAACCCCAGAGGGAUCACAAUGCUGCAGAGACUCGGCAUUGGACUUGUGAUGCAUGUCUUCAUAAUGAUCAUUGCAUGCUUUGCUGAAAGAAGGAGACUCAAGGUUGCAAGAGAAAACCACCUCUUUGGUCUGCAUGAUACAAUUCCUCUCACUAUUUUCAUCCUCUUACCUCAGUAUGCUUUGGGAGGGGUUGCUGAUAACUUUGUUGAAGUUGCCAAGAUAGAGAUAUUCUAUGAUCAAGCACCAGAUGGCAUGAAAAGUCUUGGAACAGCAUAUUUCACGACCACCUUAGGUAUUGGAAGUUUUCUCAGCAGUUUUCUUCUGUCAACUGUUGCUGAUGUCACCAAGAGACAUGGCCACAAUGGUUGGAUUUUGAAUAAUCUAAACGUCUCCCGUUUAGAUUAUUAUUAUGCUUUCAUGGCUGUACUUAGCUUUCUCAACUUUCUCUGCUUUUUGGUUGUUGCCAAGUUCUUUGUCUAUAAUGUUGAUGUUACACAAACCAAAUCCGGCUCGGAGAUUAACCCCUCUUCAUCACAGGAACAGGACAAUACUGGAAUAAGCCCAAGUAUCCCACAACCAGAUGGCAAAUCCUAGGGAAAACACCACCUCUUCUUAGGAAUAUAAAGUGUGCUUUCUUCUCUUAGCCCUUGCCUUGCUACUUACAAGCUUGAUUAAUGUGAAAAGCAGUGGGCUUUGCUUGUUUAAGAACAUUCCACCAAAUCAUUAUAACGCGUCUCUGCCGAGAAAAUUUCAACUGGUGUCUUUUCUUGCAUGCAAA